CAGGCUUUGAAUUCCCCUAAUAAUUGUCAGAACAUUGCAAGCACAUGUCCUUCGCGUUAGACGACCGUCGACAACACACAGACAUGGUUGAUGCCAUGACAGCCAACUCAAAAGCAAAAAUUUCCUCGGUCUCAGAUAUCAUUGGUGCCCUGCAAAACAUUCUCGCUCAUUCACAAGUAAUCAUGCCAGACCUCGAAACCCAGUAUUCUAUUAGCAAUACGAACUACUCUGCCUUCAAGUUCGAUUUCCAGGACAUCAGUGCUAUCAUUACCGAACGCCAACAGCAAUUGGAUGCAGUAUCCCACGAAAUCUCACAUUUUGAAACAGUCAUAGAUGGUAUCAACCAUAUUCACCAGCAACUGGUCGCGAAGAAGGACAGGAUCACUCAGUCCAUGAAUUCACACAAGCAACUUGUAUCAGCUCUUUGGCGCUUGCCAACCGAAGUCCUAUCCCAGAUUUUUUCUCACUGUCUUCCCAUUGAGCACCGCUUAUCACCCGCAUCAAAGGCAGCUCCUAUGCUGUUGACCAGAAUAUGUCGACGAUGGAGGGAGAUUGCUGUGGAUAUGCCCAGUUUGUGGCACAGACUGUCCGUGGGCAAAGACUGGCGGCGGGCAGCCUUCUGCUAUAAGGCAUGGCUCAAGCGAUCACGAGGGCGUCCGCUCUCGUUGGAACUCCAGUGUUACAAAAAUGACUGGACUAAGCUACGAAAUCUUCUUCAGCCCUACAUAAAUCAAGUCUCGUCGCUGUCUGUUAAUUUUGACUUCAAUGGCUUCCCGGAACCUGAGGUUAUCAUAUCAGACUUCCUAGCACUUGAGGAGCUGACCAUACCAACAUAUAAUGGGAGUACUUUCAUCCAUGUCAUCUCGCAACCACCAUGCACUCUACGCAGUCUCACGGCAACAGGGGUGUUCUUCGACAUGGAGUAUACAUCUACCGUCAAUCCCGCCUGGGCCCACCUCACAAAUAUCCAGAUUGACCUAGACGAACAGAGUGCACUCCCCCAAUUGCUCCGUUUAUGCCCCAGCCUCUCCUCCUUGACGUUAUCUACAUAUUUUAUUGCCUUGGAGACCUUGGAGCCAUUCACGCACACCCAACUCCAAUCCUUACGGAUCGUUUCCGAAGAUUUUGACGAUAACACCACAGGGCAUCUUAUCCUAUUCGAUACAUUGUCGCUCCCAAAUUUGCACGCUCUCGAAGCUCGCAACAUAUACUCGUGGCCUCAUAAAAAAUUCUGUGCAUUUUUGACGCGGUCAAAGUGUCCCCUGGAGAGCCUGACGUUCGGCUUCGAAAUGCCGAUAACAGAUAAGCGGCGAGCGGAAUAUGUUGCCCUCAUUCCUUCUCUCAACGUAGUACUUAGUGAUAUGAGUUACUCCUUGCAUUAG